ACAUGACAAAUUAAAGAAGAAAAACCCAAAAAAGAACAACAAUGGUACUGUUCCCAUAAUCCCCAUAGGCAUUACUUCAGAGCUCCCUACCCAAGAAACCACACACGAUCAAUUUCAUCAACUUCAAAGUCGAAAGACUCCACCAACCAAAAUUCAAUUUCCUCACAAUCCCCAAGAGGCAGACAAGUAGAGAAACAGAGCGAGACCAAACCCACCAGAUUUGCUCUCGCUCUCUCUAUCCAUUCCCGCCUCUUAUUACUUCUCUCUGUCCCUGUUUUCUGAAGCAAAAUUUUGAGCCCAUACGAGCUUGAAAAAUUACUGUAAGGGUCAGUCAGCAAAAAAGAACAAAAUAUGGGGUUCUUUUCUUUCUUGGGAAGAGUGCUUUUUGCCUCCAUCUUCAUCCUCGCUGCUUGGCAAAUGUUCAAUGAAUUUGGUGAUGAUGGAGGGCCUGCAGCCAGGGCGUGGGCUCCUAAAUUGGUUCCCAUCCAGAAGUUUCUGAAAUCAAAGUUUGGAGAAGGGGGGCCAAAUAUUGAUGUUAGGCAUUUUGUUGCUGGAUCAAUUGCUCUGAAGGGGUUGGGAGGCUUGCUAUUUGUGUUUGGUAGCAAAAUGGGCGCUUACCUACUGAUGUAUCACUUGCUGUACACCACUCCACUGUACUAUGACUUCUACAACUAUGAAUUUGGUGGACCAGAAUUUUUCAGUCAUCUGCAGGAUUUUUUGCAGUGCGUGGCUCUUUUUGGAGCCUUGCUAUUUUUCCUUGGGAUGAAGAACUCAAUUUUGAGGAAGCAGCUCAAGAAAAAGACCCCCAAACCAAAGACAGCUUAGCCUUAUCUGAGCAGAAGUUGCAGAGGAUUAGACAGUUCCCAGGGAUCUUUACAAUGGAUUUUUUUUUUUGGCUUUUGGGGGUUCUUGAGAAUUUUCUUUGAUCUUCCACUGUAGUUGGCCAUCUCCUCCUUUUUUUUUUUUUGAAUACACUCUUUAAACUAGACGCAUUGCUGAGACCAACCACCCUUAGCGGGUGAGAGAUAUUAGAGCAAAGUUCAGAAGGUCAUGGAUUACAACAUUUGAUGUUUUUCCUGUAUUAGUAAGAAAUGCAUUUUUGUGAUGAAAUUCUUGCUCCUAUUCGAUAGUA